GUGUCCAUAACGUGACAGCACUGGGCAAUCUGAUCACCUGGCAGAAGGUGGAUUAUGACUUCAAUUACCACCGGAUGGAAUUCCCCUGCAACAUUAAUGUGCUGAUCACCUCCGAGGGCCGAUCCCUGCUGCCGUCAGAUUGCCAAGUCCACCUACAACCCCAGAUAAUCCCCCCAAACAUGGAGGAGUACAUGAGCAGCCUCCUGACAGCAGUGCUCCCCUCUGUGCUCAACAAAUUCCGAAUUUACCUGAGCUUGCUGAGGCUGCUGGACUACAGUAUAUCUGAUGAAGUGACCAAGGCAGUGGAAGAGGACUUUGUAGAGAUGCGCAAGAACGACCCCGAGAGCAUCACAGCUGAUGACCUGCACAAGACACUGCUCGUGGCAAGGUGGGUGCUGCUCCUUGUCCUGCCUGUUUCUGUCCUUCCCAGGAAGCUGCU